AUGGAAAUCACUCCAGUUGAAAUAUUCAAAGAGGACAGUAAGUGCUCGCUUGACGACUGUCCGGUGAAUUCUUCAGCCUGGAUGUCCGGAUACUCCGAGAGCCGCAAUGUGACCCACGAUGACAGCUGGGAGUCGGAAGGCAUGUCUCCCAUCAUCCCCAUCAUCACUGCAGUCUACUCCGUGGUGUUCGUGGUCGGCUUGUUGGGCAACUGCCUGGUCAUGUAUGUGAUCAUCAGGUACACAAAGAUGAAGACCGCCACCAACAUUUACAUCUUCAAUUUAGCUCUCGCCGACGCCCUCGUCACCACCACGAUGCCCUUCCAGAGCACGGACUACCUGUUGAACACCUGGCCCUUUGGCGAGGUGGUCUGCAAGGUCUUCAUCGCCAUCGACUACUACAACAUGUUCACCAGCAUCUUCACCCUCACCAUGAUGAGCGUGGAUCGCUACGUGGCCGUGUGCCACCCGGUAAAAGCCCUGGACUUCCGCACGCCGAUCAAAGCCAAGAUGAUCAACGUGUGCAUCUGGAUCCUGUCGUCAGCGGCGGGCAUACCUGCUUUCAUCCUGGGCGGCACCCAGACGAAGAGCGACAUCACCGAGUGUGCCUUGCAGUUCCCAGAGCCGUACGUCUACUGGGACACGCUGAUGAAGGUGUGCGUGUUUGUCUUCGCCUUCGUCGUGCCCGUGCUCAUCAUCACCGUGUGCUACUCCCUCAUGGUCCUGAGGCUGAAGAGCGUCCGGAUGCUGUCCGGCUCGAGGGAGAAAGACCGCAACCUGCGGCGGAUCACGCGGCUGGUGGUGGUCGUGGUGGCCGUGUUCGUGGUCUGCUGGACGCCCAUUCACAUUUUCAUCCUGGUCAAGGCGCUCGUGAGCAUCCCCGAAACCACCGCCAUCAUGGCCGCCUACUUCUUCUGCGUGGCCCUGGGUUACACAAACAGUAGCCUGAACCCGGUGCUGUAUGCCUUUCUGGAUGAGAACUUCAAGCGCUGCUUCAAGGACUUCUGCCUCUCGGCCAAACUGAAGGGGGAGAAGGGCUCGGGGAGCAGGAAGGCCCUCGGCGCGCGGGAGGCCGCCGUUCCCCUGGGGAACCCAGAUGGGACGAGAAGGCCGACAUGA